CCCACCCCACCCCGGCCGCUUGGAGCGUUCUGAGAAUCUGCACUUGUGGGGAGUCGCCCCUCUGUGGGUGCGAGAGUACUUCUGCAGUUUUAACCACGGUUGCUGCCUGCGCCGCUGGAGAUUCUUCCUGCCCUUCCAUUUCCAUAACUGGCCGAGAAAACGAGUCUAGUCAAGACCCCUAUACAGGGUACUAGUUAGAGACAGGCAGCUGAGUUCAGAACCCCUAGACCCUCAGUUGAGAACUCACUUGUCCUGAGCUGCACGUACCCAGAAAAGCACAGCAAGAGCUGAGAACGAAUGAAAUGACCGACUUUUCUCUAAAAGGGGUUGGAUGAAAAUCGACCACACUUUCUUGAUUGGACUAUUUCACGUUUGGAAGGGCGAGGUAGGAGACCCCCUGUAGCCGCUGCUACAUUCUGAGAGAAAACCAGGAUAGAGGAAAAGCACGCAAGAAGGCCCUCGCGGGCGAAAGGCAAACAUUGGCUUGACCCUUCGCUGUGGAAGUUAACUGACAACAGGAAGGAAGCUAUUAACCCCGCUCCUCUCCUCCUCUCGCCCUGGUGACAGCCAACAACUCCUCCUCCCAGGCAGAGACCUUGGAGCAAAAAAUGCAAAGGAGCUCCUGGCUGCCUCAACUCUGCGCGCUUCUCCCCGGGGGUGGAAGAGGGAAGAGAGGAGGGCGCCGCCUGAAGCCAAGUUCAGCCGGUGUGUGACUCGAGCCCGAACGUUCAGAAGAGAUUCCCGGGACUCCAGCAUCCUCCCGCUGGCCGCGCAAGGCAGGCACCACCCCGUCGAUAAGCUUGAUUCUCCCCUUCUCGCCCCAAGUUUGAGUGCGGUCCGCAGGUGGUGCAAACGCCCCAGCUCUCCGGCGCCCCCUGCUGGCGAGAGGGAAGGCGGCCGCGGCCGCGCAGCCUCUGGACACAGCGCUGGGAGAGAGCUCCGGCGCCGAGAAGCCGCCGCGAGCUUCCCCGAUGGUGCCGCCGCCUCCUCCGUGCCGGGGAGGAGCAGCCAAGGGGCAGCUGGGCAAGAGCCUGGGGCCGCUGCUGCUACUCCUGGCGCUGGGACACACGUGGACCUACCGAGAGGAGCCAGAGGACCGCGACAGAGAAGUGUGCUCGGAAAACAAGAUCGCCACGACCAAAUACCCGUGUCUUAAGUCUUCGGGCGAGCUCACCACGUGCUUCAGGAAAAAAUGCUGCAAAGGAUAUAAAUUUGUUCUUGGACAGUGUAUUCCAGAAGAUUAUGACAUCUGUGCCCAAGCUCCCUGUGAACAGCAAUGCACAGAUAACUUCGGCCGGGUGCUGUGCACUUGUUACCCAGGAUACCGAUAUGACCGAGAGAGACACCAAAAGCGGGAGAAGCCAUACUGCCUGGAUAUUGACGAAUGUGCCAGCAGCAACACCACUCUGUGUGCACACAUCUGUAUCAACACCGUGGGCAGCUACCACUGUGGGUGCCGCGAAGGCUACGUCCUUGAGGACGAUGGGAAGACCUGCACCAGGGGAGACAAGUACCCCAAUGACACUGGGCACGAGGAGAAGGCCGAGAACGAGGUGAGAGCCGGGACUUGCUGCGCGACGUGCAAGGAGUUCUCGCAGAUGAAGCAGACGGUGCUGCAGCUGAAGCAGAAGAUUGCUCAGCUUCCCAACAGUGCUGCUGAACUGGGCAAGUACGUCAAUGGUGACAAGGUGCUGGCCUCAAACACCUACCUUCCAGGACCUCCUGGCCUGCCUGGGGGGCAGGGCCCUCCUGGCUCACCAGGACCCAAGGGGAGUCCUGGAUUCCCUGGUAUGCCAGGCCCUCCUGGACAGCCUGGCCCACGGGGCUCAAUGGGACCUAUGGGACCAUCCCCUGACCUGUCUCACAUUAAGCAAGGCCGGAGGGGCCCUGUGGGCCCACCAGGAGCACCAGGAAGACAUGGCUCCAAGGGGGAGAGAGGAGCACCUGGGCCCCCAGGGUCUCCGGGACCCCCAGGUUCUUUCGACUUCCUGCUGCUUGUGCUGGCUGACAUCCGCAAUGACAUCGCCGAGCUGCAGGAGAAGGUGUUCGGACACCGGACUCACUCUUCAACGGAGGACUUCCCCCUACCUCAGGAAUUUUCCAGCUACCCAGAGACUCUGGACUUUGGAUCUGGGGAUGACUCCUCCAGAAGAAGUGAAGCAAGAGACUCUGAGGCCCCCAGGAACUUUUAUCCAUAGCACGUCCCACGUCUUCAUGGCACCAGAAGAGAAGCAUAGCUUCGCCCAGUCAUUGCAUCGGAAGGAAAAUACCACUGGAGGCCCAAAGCCUUUUGUCUGUACUGUCUUCCUGCCCUCUCUUGACUCUGCUUCCAAAUUCUGUUUUCCAGGUACCCUGCACAUCACACUGGCAACAGGAGGAUGUUAUGGUUAACAUGCUCUUCUUGAAGAGCCACUGGGUGGUUAUCAUCAGGACCAUCCUUGACAUCCUAGUUCUUCAGGAGCUUUUGAAUUUCUAAGUUAACUGUUCCCACAGAAUCUUACAUUUUGACACAGUGCCAAAAGGGGAGGCAAAGUGGGCUCUUGAAGUGUAAGGUUCAUCCUAAAAAGAAAAUUGUGUUCCAAAUACUUGACUGUUCACCCUUUACAGUCGGGAGUAUGGCUCUUCAGUUAAAGGGGGAUUGAAGGAGCACAAUGUAGAUUGAUGUUGA